UCUGUCAUAUAUUUAAUAAUUGAUUUUUUUUUAAAUUAAAUUAAAUAUAUUAUAACAUAAUGAAAGCAAUAAUUCAACGUGUAAUGAAUGCAAAUGUUACCGUAAAUGGAGAAGUUGUUAGCAGUAUAGGUCAAGGAGCUUGCAUACUUAUUGGUAUUUGUAACAACGAUAAUUCAAAAGAUAUGGAAUAUAUGGCUCGCAAAAUAUUAAGCAUUAAGCUGUUUGAUGAUGAAAAUGAGAAAAAAUGGAAGAAAAGCAUUGUUGAUAAUGAUUUUGAAAUUUUAUGUGUUAGUCAAUUUACCUUAUACAACACGUGGAAGGGCAAUAAACCAGAUUUUCACAAUGCUAUGCCUUCAGAAAAAUCCAAGGAGUUUUAUGACAAAUUUAUUGAAUUAUUAAGAAACAGUUACAAACCAGAAAAAAUUAAAGAUGGUGUUUUCGGUGCCUACAUGCAAGUAGCUUUACAAAAUGACGGACCAGUCACAUUAGAAAUUGAAUCACCAAUGCAGGUUGAAAAAGGAAUUAAAAAAACCAACCCACUAAAAACUACUGAAGUAGAGGAUAAUGCUGAUAGAUAAUAUUUAAUUUUAUUAGUACAUAGUACCUAGUUAAUUUAUAAAAAAUACCAAUCAAUAUGAUAGUUUUAGUUGUUAUAAAUUUUUUUAAUCUACUAACAAGUUUGUUUUCCUGUUAAAUAAAACAUUUUUUAUCCAGGCUCUGAAAUUAUUUAUAAUUUUUGUUCUUGUAAAGAACUUUUAGAGAAUGGUGUAAAUUAAAAUUUAAAACACCACUUUGGCAUGAAGAUUAAGAAGCAUCUAUUAAAAUCACAGUUGGUACUCUUUUCCAUUAAUUAAAUUACAUAGGUAUAUUAAUUAAAUAUAAUUGAAAUAUUAAUAUGCUAACUCCACCCUUUUUUAAAUGCUAUUUAUGUUA